AUUGAAUUAUGUAAACAUGAAAUGGAAACAUGAUGUCAAAAUGGCGAAUUUGACAAGUGAGCAGAUUCAACAAGAUUGGGAAAAUCGCGAAUUUAUCGAGAUUUUGUCCGAAAGCAUAAAGAACAUUGCAAAGUUUUUAAACAACUUUGACAUGUCAUGUCGUGGUAAAUUGGCAAAGUUGGAUGAAAAGUUGACGUUAAUGGAGCAGAGAGUGGAGUAUAUUGAAGCGAGAGUAACAAAAGGAGAGGUGUUGUCAUGAGCAAACAUGCAAAGUAGUGAAUCGUGAGUGAUGCAAAUAUGGACACUUAGUAAUUAUAUAAUAAAGUUCAUUUGUAAAUGUCAUUCUUUUGUAAAUGUAUGUUAUGGGUUGACUGGUGUCAACAAUUUUCAAAUAUAUAAAUGAAAGUCUUAAA